AAAUCCAAUUCUAAAAUUGAAAAAUAAAAAAUAAAAUAAAAAUUAAAAAAGGGUAGAAGGAAAAUAUGUAUUUUAAUGGAAGAAGCAAUUAAGAAAAGCACUCUCAAGGCUAUUAGCAGAGCUUCGGUCAGAUCGACUUUCGCGGAAGCAAAGGGAAAGGAUUGGAUGUUCCAAGCAAAACUGAUAAAGAUGAACUCAAGAACCCAGAAAACUAAUUUGUUUAAGCAUUUAAGGAAAGGAAAUUUAAAUACUUUUUAGGAAAAGUUAAUUAAUAGCGAAUACGAUACUACUAAAUAUAAAACAAAACGCUCUCUCUCAGUCUCUAGAGUUGUUAGCUCGCUAGCUCAUCUGGUUUGGUUGCUUUGUUUAUCUUCUCUGUCUGUCUGUGAGAAGCUCACACAAGAAGCUGAGCGGCCAUGGGCUGGUUUCCUUGUUCUGGAAAUUCGGAGAAGAAAACGAAGAAGAAGAAGCAACAGAAGGCAGAUGAUCAGAUCCAACCCACUUCAGAUAAACUGAAGGUAAGUCCCUCAUUGGAUCUGAAGAAGGAGCCUCCAAAGACUGGAGGAUCCAGUCACAUUGCAGCGCAGACAUUUCCAUUCCGUGAAUUAGCAGCUGCUACAAAGAAUUUCAGAACGGAUUGUCUCCUGGGGGAGGGAGGUUUUGGUAGAGUUUAUAAAGGACGAUUGGAGAGUACUAACCAGGUUGUGGCAAUCAAGCAACUUGAUCGUAAUGGAUUGCAAGGGAACAGGGAAUUCCUUGUUGAAGUCUUGAUGUUGAGUUUACUUCACCAUCCUAACCUUGUUAAUUUGAUUGGGUACUGUGCUGAUGGAGAUCAGAGACUUCUCGUUUAUGAAUACAUGCCAUUGGGAUCUUUGGAAGACCAUCUACAUGACCUCCCACCAGAUAAGAAACGACUUGACUGGAUUACUAGGAUGAAAAUAGCAGCUGGCGCAGCGAAGGGCUUGGAGCAUUUACAUGAUAAGGCGAAUCCCCCUGUUAUAUACCGUGAUCUAAAAUGCUCAAAUAUAUUGCUUGGUGAGGGAUAUUAUCCAAAGCUGUCUGAUUUUGGCUUGGCUAAACUUGGACCUGUUGGGGAUAAGACCCAUGUCUCCACUAGGGUGAUGGGCACAUAUGGAUAUUGUGCCCCAGAGUAUGCAAUGACAGGUCAACUUACACUGAAAUCUGAUGUUUAUAGCUUUGGGGUUGUUCUUUUGGAGAUCAUCACAGGCAGGAAAGCAAUUGACAAUUCAAAAGCUGCCGGAGAACACAAUCUGGUUGCAUGGGCACGACCACUGUUCAAAGAUCGGAGGAAAUUCUCACAAAUGGCAGACCCUACGCUGCAGGGCCAGUAUCCCAUGAGGGGCUUGUACCAAGCACUCGCUGUUGCUGCAAUGUGUGUUCAGGAGCAGCCCAACAUGCGUCCUCUCAUAGCUGAUGUGGUUACUGCUCUGACUUACCUUGCUUCCCAAUCAUAUGACCCUGAAAGCCAACCAGUCCAAAGCUUCCGAAUGGCCCCACCUACUCCUCCUCGAACAAGAAGGGACAGUGACAGGAGACUUAAUGGUGGUGGUGGUAGUGGGUCUGAGAGAGACCAAGCCAGAGGAUUUAAUUAAGACUCGAACCACUGUGAGCAAGUUGAGUUUUCCUUCAUGGUUGGAUUGGAUUUCUGUGGAUUUCAGUCUCUGCCUGAAUUGGCUGCUGAUUUGGAAGUUAUCCAUCUGAUGUUUUUGUUUUGUGAUCAUUGAUCACGUGCAUCAGAGCUUUCACUGCUAUGCAUUUUUUUCUGCUGCACAUGUGGUGGUUCCUGCUUAUCAAAUUUUGUAUCUCCCCAGAUAACAGGUGCCUUUCCCACCCUUGUUCUGUCUGAAGCUACUGGGAAUUUGAAUUGUCAAACCCCACCCCCAAAACCCAAAUUUUUACCUCCCCAUUCAGUGUACAUGUGAGCUUGGGUCCUUGUAUCUAUGUGUUAAUCUAGACAUUCGUGUCUGCCAUAGUUUAAUUGAAUUUGAUUUUUACA